UAUUGUCUUCACUGAUGCCUAACUCAAGUGAGCAGUCGUAUUUUGGUGGCUCUCUGGGCCACCACGGUCCUGAGUGGAUUGAAGGCCAGAACCAGAGGGCUUCAAGCCGCUGUCACUACUGUGGCACCAUUGCAGGGCGUAGGAAUUCUUUGGCACUGGGUGGAGGAGAGGGUGGAGUCUGGUCUCACCAUCACUUAGAUCUCAGUGAGAAACUGGAUCCAGCCCUCCAGACUUCCCAGACACAGCAGAACCGGCAUGGACAGCAGCUACUGAAGAAGAACUCCGUGCCCGAUCUCAGCAGUAGCAUCUACCUCAGACAAGCGAUGGCAAGCCUGGCCUCUGCACCACCUGUGGAUUAUUAUCUGGCUAAUGCUACCUUAUCAGGGCAGCCACUUGAAGGGUCUGGGUUUUAUAGUGAUAACCAGCACCUGCUCACCAGAUCAGCCUCCCAUUAUGGGCUCAGUGCUAGGGGGGUGAGACCCACCUGGGAUCUGGCACAGGCGGGCGCCACUCCUACCAUGCUUGCCUCAGCUUCUACACCUAACCCCGUGCCUCCUCCUCCCCCUCCUCCCCCGCCUCCGCCGCCACCUCCUCCCCCUCCUGUUCAUGAGCUGAGCCGUUUGUACAGGGAAACUCUGGGAUCUAAGAUGAUCCCAGACGUCCAGCGUAUUGGUGGCAGCUCUCCUGCUCCUGUAGUCUAUGGGGUCCAUUCCCCUUUUACUAGUUACAUUGCUGAGCCGUCUCUCUCUGCUCGCCAAGCUUUUAAUAAUAUAAACAGCUUUUCCCAGGACUCCUGUCUGCCAGCUGCCACCAGUUCUGUGGUGGACCCAGCUUCUCAGGUUAUGGACGGAGCUCUUCCACGGGCUUACGGCGCUAUAGCGUCCCAACGGCUGCCUUAUGACCCAAGCUAUGACCCCAGCUCAGCCAUGGUGGCUGCCACAGCUGGAGUGACCUCCAGCAUGCCUCUUCACCAUCCAAGUGCUGCAGACCCAAAGAAGAUGGUAGACCCAACCUUUCUGGCUUUUCUGAGAGCUGAGGGUUUGGCUGAGAGCACCAUCACUCUCCUGCUGCAACAUGGCUUUGAUUCAACAGCCCCACUGGGGAUGAUGGAGGACCACGAUAUACGCUCUGUGGCCCCGAAUUUGGCCCAGGCUCGUGUUCUCUCCCGUGUGGUGCUUGCCUGCAAAACAAGUGGGACAGCGUCACGUACUCGAUCCAACAGCUUUAGCCAUCGCAAUGACCUCUACAUGCAGCCCCAGGGUUUGACCAUGGACCCUUGCCUGAUGCAGCAACCUCCCAACAGCUUCCAGACCGUGUCCCCCAGGAUGGGAGAAUUUCUUGGCAGGAGACCAAGCAGUGCCCCCUCUCAACAUCUCUUGGAGACCACCACUUACCCAGGAGCACGGCCCCUAGUGAGUGGAGCUCUUCCAGUCAGCCCUGGAGGAUACAGCAGUGCUGUAACUCAGGGAAGACCCUUCUCCAUGUACAAUGCCCACACUGGUAUUGCCAUGUCUGCUCUUGGACAACAGCCUCCACCAGCCCCAGGCAUGCCCGGAGUGGCACCCAAAACCUUUUCUGGCUCAUAUUCCCCCAUGGAGCUGAUGAAGAGACCCCCCAACCUUCCCCAAGCAUCGCCAGUCGCACUACCAAGCCCGCUUCACAGCCCCCAAAUUCUCCGGAAAGGAAUCAAUGUUGCUCCUGACACCAGCAUUGCUCCUGUAACUUCUUCCUCCGCUUUCCAAGCUCAAAAUCUUAACAACUCCAAGAUGGUAGGACGUCGCACUGGUCCACCUGUCAUAGUCUCAACCAUGGUCACCACACCUGACACAAGAUUUCCGGAUCAAAGCCCACGCUGGGAACUCUCGCACCUAGGUAUUCGGCCCCAAAUCAUGAACGGGCCAAUGCAUCCCCGCCCCCUUGUGGCGCUGCUAGACGGGCGCGACUGCACCGUGGAGAUGCCCAUCCUGAAAGACUUGGCGACUGUUGCAUUCUGCGAUGCCCAGUCCACACAGGAGAUACACGAGAAGGUGCUCAACGAGGCCGUGGGAGCCAUGAUGUAUCACACCAUCACCCUGACCAGAGAGGACCUGGAAAAGUUCAAAGCUCUGCGCAUCAUCAUCCGCAUCGGCAGCGGCUACGACAACAUCGACAUCAAGGCAGCUGGAGAGCUGGGAAUUGCAGUCUGUAACAUUCCCUCGGCAGCUGUGGAGGAGACAGCGGACUCCACUCUGUGCCACAUCCUCAACCUGUACCGGCGAAACACCUGGCUCUACCAGGCUCUCCGGGAGGGCACACGGGUCCAGAGUGUGGAGCAGAUCCGCGAGGUGGCGUCCGGUGCCGCCCGCAUCCGCGGUGAAACCCUCGGCCUCAUCGGCUUCGGUCGCUCGGGCCAGGCCGUGGCGGUGCGAGCCAAGGUGUUCGGCUUCAACGUCAUCUUCUAUGACCCCUACCUGCAGGACGGCCUGGAGCGCUCGCUGGGCGUCCAGCGCGUCUACACCCUGCAGGACCUGCUCUACCAGAGCGACUGCGUCUCCCUACACUGCAACCUGAACGAACACAACCACCACCUCAUCAACGACUUCACCAUCAAACAGAUGCGCCAGGGCGCGUUCCUGGUGAACACUGCGCGGGGAGGCCUGGUGGACGAGAAAGCUUUGGCCCAGGCGCUGAAGGAGGGAAGGAUACGUGGAGCCGCUUUAGACGUCCAUGAGACUGAGCCCUUCAGUUUUGCUCAGGGGCCGCUGAAAGACGCUCCUAACCUGAUCUGCACACCACACACAGCCUGGUACAGCGAGCAGGCGUCCCUGGAGAUGAGAGAGGCGGCUGCCACCGAGAUCCGAAGAGCCAUCACCGGUCGUAUCCCUGACAGCCUAAGAAACUGCGUCAACAAGGAGUUCUUUGUCACCACUGCACCGUGGGCCGUUAUGGAUCAACCGGGAGUUCACCCUGAGCUCAACGGCGCCGCCUACAGAUACCCACCAGGUGUGGUAGGAGUGGCUCCAGGCGGCAUCCCAGGAGCUUUAGAGGGUAUGGUCCCAGGCGGGGUGCCCAUCGCCCACACCCUGCCCUCUGGUACACACCCCUCCCAGGCCCCGUCGCCCAACCAGCCCUCCAAACACGGCGAAAUCAGAGAGCACCACACUGAGCAAUAGCAACACAAGGGGGACGCGCGCGGCCAAACAUCUCAUCCGACCUGUCGACUCUCCGCACCGACCAAUCACAAAUCACAAACCGACCAACUGGGACCAAGAGACAGUGAAACACAUGCAGCUGCCCGUGCAAUCAGUCGGCAACUGGGAACUAAAGUGUUCUGGGGGAAUUUGUACUUUUAACAUUUUAGUUUUUACUCUCUCUCUGUCUCUUUGGCUUCAGUACCGACUUUACUCUUUGAUGAUGAUGUUUUUUGUUUCGUUUUGAUUUUCUUCGGGACAUGCCUAUGAUUGUGGACACCGAGUCCAGUGUUUUUAGUGCUUCGGGAGAAACCCCUGAUGAGACUCUGUCCCAUCGCCUGCCCACCAACCCAACCCAACCCCCCCUUCACCUCAGAGCUCAUGGGAAACGUAGGCCCACUUAUCAACACACCAACGGGAGAACAAGAGAAAAACAAACAAACUUUGGCAUCAUGUGCUACUGGACCUUAACCCUUUACCCUCCUCCUCCUCCUCCUCCUCUACUCCGACCCUCCUCAUGUAACUAAUGUGUGUUGUUUAGGCCCCUCAUUACGCCUCAGAAGAGAGCGUUUUUGUUUUUUCUUUCUAUCUUUAGUGUGAAUGACUAAAAAUGGAUUAUUGAAGUAAAUAUAUUUAUCAUUAGUCAAACAAAAAGGAAAAGAUUGCUCAUCACUUAUAGUAAUCUACAGUGGGUUUUAACCUUUUCCUGGCAAUAUAACGAGUUGUCACAGCCGCAGUUACAAGUCUCCACCACUCGAGGGCACUUCUACAUAGCUUGAUGGGUUCCUCUGCCUGUAAGAAGGUGGCUCCAGUGUAUUUUGUGACUUUUUUCCUGUGGGUUAACAAGAAAAGAAACCUUCACUGAACACUUUUUCUUUGUCACUGCAAUUACAGAUAGGAAGUCAUAGGGAGUGUACACGUUUGAUAUUUAAAAACAGUGAGUAGGUGACAUGUCAGUGUGACAUUUCAAAUAAUCAGUGAAAUAAGGAGGCUGGUGUGCCCACAUUCAAACCUCCUGUGCUGAUUUAUGGACAUUUCUGAUGACAGCUGAUGGACAACUGACCUUAACUCACGGCGGCAGUGUGCAGAUCCAGACUCCCUCCUUUCUUUGAGCACAUUACAACCUUCGAGGACAGGAAAGGGUUAAAGCAAACUUCAUUUCUUAAUGACUCAGGAAAACACCUUUUUGCAGAUAUUGUUUAUUCCCAGAGUUUUGUCUUUGAGGAUAAAAAAAAAAAAUAUGACUCAUCUGGUUAGUCUGGAUAUUUUCUCUCCUCCUUUCCUCAUCUUCUCCAUUGUGGUAUUUUUAUAUACAAGGCGCAUCCCACGUUUUUUGGUGUUAAAAGAGUUUUGAAGAGUCCUGUUAGAUUUGUAUUGCCUAGUUAAAUGUUCCUAUAACCAUAGUCCUAUGUGAUCCGACCUCUCUCUCUCCUCUCCUUAUAUUUUCUUUGUUCUAUUGAAGGCCAGGUUCUUUGGGGCAUCCUGUACUCUGUAAGAGCAAUAGCAGAAAUUCAUACUUAGUGUCCCAACAAUAGCAGAAGAGGCAGCCAGCAGUAUGUUUUUGUUUUUAGUGUGAGUAUUUGUAUUUGUUUCUUGUACAAGGUGAACAUUUAGCAUUCAGUGCAGUUCAAAUAAAAAGAUACAAUACUUUA